AACUAUACAGUGCAUCUGCCAAAAAACGUAGGUCUGGGAAAGAUCGAUCCAAAGACGCCAUUGAAGUUGUCCUCCGCUCCAAUGAAGGUUGUCAUCUGCUUAACAAAACCUCCCACUCUCACCGGCACGUGCGCCUGAAGAUCGCCGCCUUCUAGUAUGUGGAUUAUGUGGUGAUAAUUGAAAGGAGCUUCAACUUCUGUUCAUGGGAGAGUAAUUUGUAAAAUUAUAUGCGUUGUCAAAAUUUACAGCCGAACUUGUUAUUGAGGUGUUUAACUUCUUCAACUUGAGGAGGAGGGAGAAGAAUCGGAGUGGAGAAGGGAAAUGAGUUCUGAAGGGAGGAGCAGGUUCAUGAGGUCUGAAAGAACACACUCAAGGACAAAAGAGUUGAUCUUUCUCAUCCUGUAUGUCAUUGCUUUUUAUAUCUUCAUCAUCCGUCGCUCCUUCCAGCUAUCACUCGUUCACCAAGGCAAGCUCUAUGGUUUACGCCCUGGAUGGCUCUUUGCUAAUAGCCUCAAUGACAUCUCUGAUGCACAAUGGAGGAACUUCCGAUCCAAUUUACCGAUUCUUACUCUCGUUUUCGGAGUAUUUACAAUGAUGGCAAAUCUGAUGAGGACUUCUUUUCAAUUGAGAGCUAGGGGAAUGUCUUUUGUAUGGCUUCUCCUUUCUUUCUCAUACCUAUCUUAUCUCCAUGGAGUUUGCAUCAUAUUCAUCUUGUUAAUUGCUUCACUUAAUUUUGCUAUAGUGAGGAUUUUUGCUCGAACAAAAUACUUCCAAUUUGUCAUCUGGGUUCUCAAUGUAUCUUUCCUUAUAUGCAAUCGUGUUUAUGAAGGAUAUCCAUUCUCCAUGUUUGGGCAACGCUGGGCAUACUUGGACAGUUUCCGUGGCAACUUUAGAUGGCACAUCUGUUUUAACUUUGUUAUCUUGCGCAUGAUAAGCUUUGGAUAUGAUUACCAUUGGGCACAUCAGCAGUCUCACUUUGAUCAGAAGAAGCACAUUGAACGCUGCGAUAUUUGUAAAUCAGGAAGAAUGUGCUACCACUAUCAACAGGAGAAAAGCAUCCAGACUGACAAGUUUGUCUUCAGUUUGUAUAUUUGUUAUUUGGUGCAUGCACCUCUUUAUAUUGCUGGGCCAAUUUCAAGCUUCAAUGCAUUUGCUUCACAGCUAGAUAUGCCUCAGAAAAAUUACUCGGCCAGGGAUGUGGCUUUGUAUGGGUUACGUUGGGUAUUCUGUCUAUUUCUAAUGGAACUAAUGACACAUUGGUUUUAUUAUAAUGCUUUUGCGGUCAGUGGCUUAUGGAAGUUUUUAUCUGCUAUGGACAUAUUCAUUGUCGGAUAUGGGGUAUUGAUCUUCAUGUGGUUAAAAUUUCUCUUGAUUUGGCGGUAUUUUCGUUUCUGGUCACUGAUGUGCGGUAUUGAGACCCCUGAGAAUAUGCCGAAGUGUAUUAAUAACUGCUACAACGUGGAAGAUUUUUGGAAGAAUUGGCAUGCUUCUUUUAACAAAUGGCUUGUCAGGUACAUGUAUAUUCCUCUUGGUGGAUCUCAGCGAAAGCUACUUAAUAUAUGGGUUAUAUUCACAUUUGUUGCUAUCUGGCAUGACCUAGAGUGGAAGCUGCUUUCCUGGGCAUGGUUGACAUGCUUGUUUUUUAUACCGGAAAUGUUAAUAAAGGCAGCAGCUAAUGCAUUUCAGGCUGAGAGUGUUAUUGGGGUGCUUGUCUUCCGAGAACUUAGAGCAGUUGCUGGUGCCGUGACCAUCACAUGUCUCAUGGUGGCAAAUCUUGUUGGCUAUGUUAUAGGACCAUCAGGCAUUGAUUGGUUGAUUUCCCAAUUCCUUAAGAGAGAUGGACUCCCUGUCCUUGGUGGCAUGUUCAUAUCAUUUUACGUGGGAACAAAGCUCAUGUUUCACAUUCAAGACGCUAAACAAUGCAGACAUUAAUGUCUGUGGGCUGAAUGGUGAUCUCCAAAUGUGUAGAUUGGAUGAAGGAUGCCAAACUUUGUUUAUUGAUGUUGGCUGACAUGUUUGAUGAAUUCAUUUUGUGGAAAUUAGUUUAUAUUCAUCUGAGAUAAUCAUGUGUUUGGUUUGGCCACUACAUCUCCUUAGUAAGUUUUACUGGCGUAAGAUUUUUGGUGUAUUUAAGAACUAACAAUGACAACUGGGUUUUUUUUUUUUUUUUUGGUAUGGAACAA